AUGAAUAAUAAUAAUAAUAAUAAUAAUAAUGAUGAUGAUGAUGAUCAAACACCACUUUAUAUUGGUGUAAUGAGUGGUACAUCAUUGGAUGGUGUUGAUGUAGUUUUAGCAUCAAUCAAGCAGCAACCAUCAUCAUCAUCAUCGAAACUAGUUAUAAAAGAGAUCUAUUCAAUUGAAUAUCCUAUACCACUAGAUAUAAAGAAUCAAGUAAUCGAUUUAUCAACAUCUAACCCAACUAGUAUAGGUCAGAUAGGUCUUUUAGAUGCAAGAUUGGGUGAUCUUUAUACAGAUGCUAUUCAAUAUUUACUGAAUAGAUUACCAACAAACAUUGAUAAAAAGAGAAUAGUAGCCAUAGGUAAUCAUGGUCAAACAGUUUGGCAUUCACCAAACACUACACCUUUGUUUACUAUGCAAUUGGGUGAUAAUCAUAGAAUCGUUUCAAAGCUUAAUAUAACUGUUGUUGGUCAAUUUAGACAAAGGGAUAUGGCACUAGGUGGUCAAGGAGCACCUCUGCUACCAGCAUUUCAUCAUUUACUUUUAUCUGACCCAAUAGAAACAAGAGCUGUUUUAAAUAUUGGUGGUAUUGCAAACAUUACAAUUCUUCCAACAACAACAAACAACAAUGAUCAAAAAGAGGGAAUUAUUGGAUUUGAUACAGGACCUGGUAAUGUGUUGAUGGAUGGCUGGAUAAAUAAAUGCAAAGGGUGUCAAUAUGACAAUAAUGGAGAAUGGGCUCUAUCUGGAAAGGUAAACCAAUGUUUGUUUGAUCGAUUGAUAACCAACACAUUGGACUAUCUUGAUCGUCAACCUCCCAAGAGUACAGGAAGAGAGUUAUAUAAUUUGAAAUGGUUACAAUCAAUUUUAGAGGAUACGGAAAAGGAAACAAAUCAACCAUUAAAAAGUGAAGAUGUACAACGAACUCUAUUACAAUUAACAGCUUAUACUAUUACAUCUCAAAUUAAAAAGGUGAUGGCUGGAAAUAACAGAGUCGAUAGAUUAGAUCGAUUACUAUUAUGUGGUGGAGGUUCAAGGAAUAUUGGUUUGGUAGAGUUAAUCAGACAGAUGAUAAACAAUGACAAUUAUCAAAACUCUGUUGUCAUUGUCGAAGCAACCGAUCGACAAGGUGUUUCUUCACAAAAUAUGGAGGCAUUGGCAUUUGCGUGGAUGGCAUUUAGAACAAUGAAUAAUCUACCUUCGAACCUUCCAUCGGUUACUGGUGCCUCAUCUAGAUCUAUAUUGGGCUGUAUUUAUCCAUCAUCAUCAUCAUCAUCAUCAUCAUCAUAA